AUGGCCUGGAUGAUGAAUUGCCCAGGCAGCCAAAACGACCGCACCGCGUUCAACUUUUCGGGGUUCGACAAGCUCUUGGCGGGCUUGCCCGAAGGCCACUUUGUCGUGGGCGACGCCGCCUAUGGGGCGUCCGAGCGCGUCGUCGUCCCGUUCCCGGGGACGAGCCUCUCCGCAAGCCAAGACGCGUGCAACUACUACGUGUCUCAGUGCCGGAUGGCAAUCGAGCAGACCUACGGCAUUCUGGUCAGGAGAUGGGGCAUCCUCUGGCGCCCCAUGGAGGUUCGCAUCGAGAAGUUCGAGCACGUGGUGAACGCCGUCGUUCGCCUGCACAACUUCUGUCGGGAUCGAAAGGUGGACGUCCCCACGGAGAACACGGGGUCUGCGAUUCCUCCGCCCGAGGUCGCUUUUGACGACGACGGCCUCAUCAGCAGCGACUACUUCGAGACCGUUCCAGUGCGUACCGGGCGCCCGGUGAAGGACCAGGCUAAGGCGUCGAAGCCGAGGGAGGCCAUCCGCAAGGAGCUGGAGGUGGCCGGCUUGAUGAGGCCAGAGCACAACAUCGCCAGGAGCCACAAACGCGCAAGUUAG